AUGGUGCACAAUAUGUACUGGGGGGUUUUGCAAACAAGUCGAAUGAGUGUAUCGUGGGAAUUGCAAAAGCAAGGCGAACACUAUGAGAUGGUAAGGAAGGGAAGGGUUCCGUCGUGGGCUAGAACAUUGUUGUCGGCGACGGAAGGUUUGGGCUUUGUGGGCGGGUGCGGGAGAUGGACUGUAGGGAGAGGGAUGAGGGAGUAG